AUGGUGGCACCACUGCUAGGACUGGCUGUUCUGUUUCUAACUACCAGUCUGGUCACUUUGGGGGCAAAUGAUGUGCAGAUCAAUCAUAAAGGGGAGGUGGUGUACCAGGACACCAGUGUGUAUGGGGUGGUGGACAACGCGGUGACCCUGGAGUGUGGUACCACCGUGCCUGACAUGUAUAUAUGGAGCUUCACCAAACCCGGCACCGAAGCAAUAAAGGCUGUGGUGUAUAAUGUGGGUCAAGGAAUAAAGACCCAGAAGUUGGCUGAGACACUCGGCCAACCAACAGUCAUCUCAAACAGCUCAGCUUUACAGAUUGAGAAGCUCCCUCUGGCAUCACAUGGCUUAUUCACCUGCCAGGCCUUCUAUGACAUAACACAGGAGGCCAAAGUCUACUACUACUAUGUCCAUCUGACUGUUCGAGUCCCCGUCAAUAAGCCUUACGUCCUGAUGAGUGAUACUUCUCCAGUGGAAGGAUCUUCAGUGUGGAUGCGCUGCAAUGUGGAAAAUGGGACUGAACCGAUCCGGUAUGUGUGGCAACGUGAAACCGGCAGUGAAGACGUCACAACAUUUGCACAGGGCAACAACAGCAUUAUCAACGUCACCAACGUCAACCGCAACCACACCGGCUGGUACCUCUGUGUUGCCAGCAACAAUAUCAACAGCCAGACAUCAGAUCGCGUAUGGCUGGACACCAUCUUUGGCCCAGAUGUUCCUCAAAUAGAUGUGACUCCACCUCGUACAGUAAAGCAGGGCUACACAGCUCUGGAGACGGAGGCUGUUUCCUUGCUGUGUCAGGCCCAGUCCAAUCCAGCCAGUCAGUACGUCUGGUUUUACAACAACUCGCAGGUCUACAUCGGGCAGAAGUUCACCAUCACCAAGAUCCUCCGUGUGGAUGCUGGCGACUACACCUGUUUGGCACAGAACACCUACCUCAACACGCGCACCAAAAAAACCAUCAGCAUGACUGUCUACUACCCCCCUGAUGGCUCCCCGUCCUGUUCUGUGGAGCCGGCUCUGAAUCACACCUCUCUGAGGCUGCUGUGCUCCUGGCCUGGUGGUUUCCCCUCACCUUCCCUCCACUGGACUGGAGACCUGAUACAAGAUCAGUCCAACAUAGCCCAGCAAACAAGUUCAGCCUCCAGCACUACCAUCAUGCUGCCCUCUGGAGGCCUGACUUCUAAUAACAGCUUUUUCACUUGCCUGGGCUCCCAUCCUGCCCUGAAACAGUCGACACAGUGCAGCACACGCACACAUAUUCCCCCUGCAGAGCCACUGUGUUUUGCUUAUGUGACUAAUGACAAACAGUACUUGAUGCUGUCCUGCUCCUGGGAGGGAGGGGCCCCGAAAGCCUUGGUGUGGUGGGAGGGCCCCGAAGGUCAGAGCAAAGGUGGGGAACAAACCUUCAACAUCCUGAUCCUCCACUAUGGCACAGCUCGCAGUGGGAAACCUUACACCUGCCACGCUAAACACCCACUUCUGGUCGAAACCAAGACCUGCAGACUCACACUGGAGGCACCAGUGCUGCAGACACAGCGCAGAGUCGUGUCUGUGUACGAGGGGCGCGACGUUCAGCUUACCUGCAGUCUGAGAGCCAACUACCUUCCUGUCAAUGAAAUCACCUGGUUUAAUAAUCAGGGUGUCGGUGUGCAAGACACCUCAAAGUACAUGCUUCUGAGAACGUCUGCAUGGGCCAAUCUGACUGUGAGAGACACAGAUGAAACUCAAGACAGCGGCGAGUACAGGUGCUCCACUUCCAACGCAGUGGGAGGAACCGAAAUCAAUAUCACUUUAGUCAUCAAGAAGUACCCCAUGCCACCCAAUGCAACCCUGGUCAGAGUGAUGUACACCAGCCGACAGCGUAAUGAGGUGGAGCUGGAGUGGGUGGUGGAGAAAGAGGAAGCAGGAAGUUGGACAGGUUUCUUCUUGGAGCACCAAUGGUUGUCUGAGCGUCCACGAAGGAAAGGAAGCGGGAAUGACUCUUCAAGUGAGCGGGUGGAGGAGAAAGUUAGUCCCAUAGUCUGGUACCGUAACAUCCUCCAGGAUCCAGCUGUCAGGAUUUAUACAGUGGGGAGCCUGACGCCAACGGUUACCUACCAGUUUCGCAUCAUACCGGUGAACCACCGCACUAUGGGACACCCUUCUACUCCAAAGAAACCAGUGGAACCACGCAACAAUUUGUACCCCGCUGUGAUUGGAGCAGCUAUCGGUGGGAUGAUUGCAGCCAUUGUCACUGUUCUGCUGCUCAUGUUCAUCCUCCGUAACUGCAGCAUCAAUCCUCGUCCAGCAACGGCUUUACCCCGAGCAGCUUCAACCCUCACCUCCUCACCCAUGAGUGCCACCCCCAUCCCCAUCACCACUAGCCAAGCCCCUCGCUCUGGAGACGAUAACAAGCCAGUCAGCGCCACCAUCACCGUCAAGUCGAAUGCACUGGAAUCUCCAAGAAGACCUGCAGAUCAGAGAGUACGAAAGAUGGAACAUCAGGCAUCUGAAGGAGGGCUAGGUUGUUGGACUCGGGAUCAUCAUGAUACCAUGGUGGCUCCACUGCUAGGACUGGCCAUUCUAUAUCUAACUACCAGUCUGGUCACUUUGGGGUCAAACGGCAUAUCUUUGUAUCCUUUCCCAACUCCAGCCCUGCAGAUCAACCCCAAUGGAGAGGUGGUGUACCAGGACGCCAGUGUGUAUGGGGUAGUGGGCAAAGCCGUGAUCCUGGAGUGUGGUCCCUCUGUACCUGACAUGUACAUAUGGAGCUUCACCAAGCCUGGUACUGAAGGCAUAAAAGCUGUGGUGUAUAAUGUGGGACGAGGACCGAAGAUUCAGAAGCUGGCUGAGACGCUGGGACAGCUGACUGUCAUCUCAAACAGUGCAGCUAUAAGCAUUGAGAAGCUGCCUCUGGCUGCACAAGGCUUAUUCACCUGCCAGGCUUUCUAUGACAUAGAGAAAGAGCCCAAAGUCUACUACUACUACGUGCAUCUCAUUGUCCGAGUCCCCGUCACUAAGCCUUACCUCUCGCUGAGUGAAGUAUCUCCAGUGGAAGGAUCUACAAUGUGGAUGCGCUGCAAUUUGGAAAAUGGGACUGGACCGAUCCAGUACGUGUGGCAACAUGAAACCCGCAGUGGUAACAUCACGAUCAUCGCACAGGGCGGCAGCAGUGUUAUCAAUGUGACCGACGUCAACCGCAACCACACCGGCUGGUACCGCUGUGUGGCCAGCAACGCAGUUAACAGUGAAAGCUCCAACCGCUUGUGGCUGGACACCAUCUUCGGCCCGGACAUUCCUCAGAUAAACGUAACUCCGUACAGUAUAACAGAGCGGGGUUACUCGGCUUUGGAGAGAGAGACUGUUUCUUUGCUGUGCCAGGCCCAGUCCAAUCCAGCCAGUCAGUACGUCUGGUUCUACAACAACUCACAGGUCUACAGCGGGCCGCAGCUCACCAUCACCAAGAUCCUCCGCAUGCACACUGGCGACUACGCCUGCUUGGCUCUGAAUACCUACCUUAACACCCGCUCCAAAAAAACCAUCAGCCUGACCGUCUACUACCCCCCUGAUGGCUCCCCGUCCUGUUCUGUGGAGCCGACUCUGAAUCACACCUCUCUGCGGCUGCUGUGCUCCUGGCCUGGUGGAAUCCCCUCACCUUCCCUCCACUGGACUGGAGACCUGAUACAAGAUCAGUCCAACAUAGCCCAGCAAACAAGUUCAGCCUCCAGCACUACCAUCAUGCUGCCCUCUGGAGGCCUGACUUCUAAUAACAGCUUUUUCACUUGCCUGGGCUCCCAUCCUGCCCUGAAACAGUCGACACAGUGCAGCACACGCACAUAUAUUCCCCCUGCAGAGCCACUGUGUUUUGCUUCUGUGACUAAAGACAAACAGUACUUGAUGCUGUCCUGCUCCUGGGAGGGAGGGGCCCCGAAAGCUUUGGUGUGGUGGGAGGGCCCCGAAGGUCAGAGCAAAGGUGGGGAACAAACCUUCAACAUCCUGAUCCUCCACUAUGGCACAGCUCGCAGUGGGAAACCUUACACCUGCCACGCUAAACACCCACUUCUGGUCGAAACCAAGACCUGCAGACUCACACUGGAGGCACCAGUGCUGCAGACACAGCGCAGAGUCGUGUCUGUGUACGAGGGGCGCGACGUUCAGCUUACCUGCAGUCUGAGAGCCAACUACCUUCCUGUCAAUGAAAUCACCUGGUUUAAUAAUCAGGGUGUCGGUGUGCAAGACACCUCAAAGUACAUGCUUCUGAGAACGUCUGCAUGGGCCAAUCUGACUGUGAGAGACACAGAUGAAACUCAAGACAGCGGCGAGUACAGGUGCUCCACUUCCAACGCAGUGGGAGGAACCGAAAUCAAUAUCACUUUAGUCAUCAAGAAGAACCCCAUGCCACCCAAUGCAACCCUGGUCAGAGUGAUGUACACCAGUCGACAGCGUAAUGAGGUGGAGCUGGAGUGGGUGGUGGAGAACCAGGAAGCAGGAGGUUGGACAGGUUUCUUCCUGGAGCACCGAUGGAUGUCUGAGCGACCACAAAGGAAAGGAAGUGGGAAUGAGGAGAAAGUUGGUCCUGUAGACUGGUACCGUAACAUCCUCCAGGAUCCAGCUGUCAGGAUUUAUACAGUGGGGAGCCUGACGCCAACGGUUACCUACCAGUUUCGCAUCAUACCGGUGAACCACCGCACUGUGGGACACCCUUCUGCUGCAAAGACACCAGCUGAACCACGCUACAAUGUGUACCCUGCUGUGAUUGGAGCGGCUAUUGGUGGGAUGCUCUUUGCAGCCAUUCUUACGAUUCUGCUGCUCGUGUACAUAAUCCGCAACCGCAACAACAACCCUCGACUACAUGACUUGUUAUUUGGCAGGCAGCACAGCCAGUCAAGGGAAAACAUCAACUUCCCAGAGGAUGAAGUGGUCAGCACGUCAGAGGGAGGAAUAGAGGAGAUUGGUGGAUCAUCCAGCCUAGGCAAGAUGAGCUACCCUAAGUCCAGCCAUGGCUUUACCCCGGGCAUCUUCACCCCUCACUUCUUCACCUAUGAGUGCCACCCCCUCAACCACCAGCCAAGCCCCUCCCUCUGGAGAUGA